GGUUGGGUCUCCUCCUGAGGCCCUUCAUCCCUCGCCGACCCCCUCCCGGCUCUGAGCCAGUCAUUCCUGCAGGGUUUCCUCGCCAGGGGUUUGGCUGGGAAGACACAGAAUGCUGCGGCCACUGCUGCUGCUGGCCCUGUGGGCCUGGUCCAGCGCUCAAGCGGGAGACCAGGACGAGGACACGGCCUUCGACCUCUUCAGCCUCAGCAACAUCAACCGCAAGACCAUCGGGGCCAAGCAGUUCCGGGGCCCAGACCCCCGCGUGCCCGCCUACCGCUUCGUCCGCUUUGACUACAUCCCGCCGGUGAGCGCGGAGCACCUGGGCCGGAUCGCCGAGGCCAUGCGGCGCAAGGAGGGCUUCUUCCUGACGGCCAGCCUGAAGCAGGACCGUCGGUCCCGGGGCACCCUGCUGGCGCUGGAGGGCCCGGGCGCCGCGCACAGGCAGUUCGAGAUCGUGUCCAACGGCCCCGCGGACACCCUGGACCUCACCUACUGGGUGGACGGCACGCAGCAUGUCAUCUCCCUGGAGGACGUGGGCCUGGCUGACUCCCAGUGGAAGAAUGUCACCGUGCAGGUGACGGGAGAGACCUACAGCCUGUACGUGGGCUGCGACCUGAUGGACAGCUUCGCGCUGGACGAGCCCUUCUAUGAGCAUCUGCAGACCGAGAGGAGCCGGAUGUACGUGGCCAAGGGCGCGGCGCGCGAGAGCCACUUCCGGGGUCUGCUGCAGAAUGUCUACCUAGUCUUUGAAAACUCUGUGGAGGAUCUUCUGAGCAAGAAAGGCUGUCAGCAGAGCCAGGGAGCUGAAGCCAACGCCAUCAGUGAGAACACGGAGACGCUGCACCUGAGCCCCAUGGUCACCAUGGAGCACGUGGGCCCGAGUGCAGAGAAGGGCCCCGAGGUGUGCGAGCACUCCUGUGAGGAGCUGGGCAGCAUGAUCCGAGAGCUCUCGGGGCUGCACGUCAUCGUGAACCAGCUCCACGAGAGCCUGCGCAAAGUGUCAAACGACAACCAGUUUCUCUGGGAGCUCAUCGGCGGGCCCCCCAAGACCAGGAACAUGUCCGCCUGCUGGCAGGAUGGCCGGUUCUUUGCUGAGAAUGAGACCUGGGUGGUGGACAGCUGCACCAAGUGUACCUGCAAGAAAUUUAAGACUGUUUGCCACCAAAUCAGCUGCCCACCCGCGACGUGUGCAGACCCCUGGUUCGUGGAGGGCGAGUGCUGCCCGUCCUGCGUCCACGACGGCGAGGAAGGCUGGUCCCCGUGGGCGGAGUGGACGGAGUGCUCGGCCACCUGCGGGUCGGGCACCCAGCAGCGGGGACGCUCCUGUGACGUCACCAGCAACACCUGCCUGGGGCCGUCCAUCCAGACACGGGCCUGCAGCCUGGGCAAGUGCGACCACCGCAUCCGGCAGGACGGCGGCUGGAGCCACUGGUCACCGUGGUCCUCCUGCUCGGUGACCUGUGGCGUUGGCAACGUCACCCGCAUCCGCCUCUGCAACUCGCCGGUGCCGCAGAUGGGGGGCCGGAGCUGCAAGGGGAGCGGCCGUGAGACCAAGGCCUGCCAGGGCCCGCCCUGCCCUGUGGACGGCCGGUGGAGCCCCUGGUCCCCGUGGUCGGCCUGCACCGUCACCUGUGCCGGAGGGAUCCGUGAGCGGACACGCAUCUGCAACAGCCCCGAGCCCCAGCACGGGGGCAAGGACUGCGUAGGGGACGUCAAGGAGCAGCAGAUGUGUAACAGGAAGAGCUGCCCCGUAGACGGCUGCCUGUCCAACCCCUGCUUCCCUGGAGCCGAGUGCAGCAGUUUCCCCGACGGCUCCUGGUCCUGCGGCUCCUGCCCGGUGGGCUUCCUGGGCAACGGCACCCACUGCGAGGACCUGGAUGAGUGUGCCGUGGUCACGGACGUGUGCUUCGCAACCAGCAGGGCGCACCGCUGUGUCAACACCAACCCCGGCUACCACUGCCUGCCCUGCCCGCCACGCUACAAGGGAAACCAGCCCUUUGGCGUCGGCCUGGAGGCGGCCAGGACCGAGAAGCAGGUGUGUGAACCCGAGAACCCCUGCAAGGACAAGACGCACAGCUGCCACCGGCACGCCGAGUGCAUCUACCUGGGCCACUUCAGCGACCCCAUGUACAAGUGUGAGUGCCAGACGGGCUACGCGGGCGACGGGCUCAUCUGCGGGGAGGACUCAGACCUGGACGGCUGGCCCAACAAGAACCUGGUGUGCGCCACCAACGCCACCUACCACUGCAUCAAGGACAACUGCCCCCUCCUGCCCAACUCGGGGCAGGAAGACUUCGACAAGGACGGCAUCGGGGACGCCUGCGACGACGAUGACGACAACGACGGCGUCACGGACGAGAAGGACAACUGCCAGCUUCUCUUCAACCCCCGUCAGUUCGACUACGACAAAGACGAGGUCGGGGACCGAUGCGACAACUGCCCCUACGUGCACAACCCGGCGCAGAUCGACACGGACGACAACGGGGAGGGCGACGCCUGCUCCAUGGACAUCGAUGGGGAUGAUGUCUUCAACGAGCGAGACAACUGUCCCUACGUCUACAACACCGACCAGCGGGACACGGACGGGGACGGUGUGGGUGACCACUGUGACAACUGCCCCCUGGUGCACAACCCCGACCAGACCGACGUGGACAAUGACCUCGUGGGAGACCAGUGUGACGACAACGAGGACAUCGACGAAGAUGGCCACCAGAACAACCAGGACAACUGCCCCUACAUUCCCAACGCCAACCAGGCUGACCACGACCGCGACGGCCGGGGUGACGCCUGUGACUCAGACGACGACAACGAUGGGGUCCCCGACGACAGGGACAACUGCCGGCUGGUCGCCAACCCCGACCAGGAGGACUCGGACGGCGAUGGGCGUGGGGACGCUUGUAAAGAUGACUUUGACAACGAUAGUGUCCCUGACAUUGACGACGUGUGUCCUGAGAACAACGCCAUCAGCGAGACAGACUUCCGGAACUUCCAGAUGGUUCACCUGGACCCCAAGGGCACCACUCAGAUUGACCCCAACUGGGUCAUUCGCCAUCAAGGCAAAGAGCUGGUGCAGACAGCCAACUCCGACCCUGGCAUCGCUGUUGGUUUUGACGAGUUCGUGUCUGUCGACUUCAGUGGCACAUUCUACGUCAACACAGACCGCGACGAUGACUAUGCGGGCUUCGUCUUUGGCUACCAGUCCAGCAGCCGCUUCUACGUGGUGAUGUGGAAGCAGGUGACGCAGACCUACUGGGAAGACCAGCCCACCCGGGCCUACGGCUACUCGGGGGUGUCCCUCAAGGUGGUGAACUCCACCACGGGGACGGGCGAGCACCUGAGGAAUGCCCUGUGGCACACGGGCAACACGGAGGGACAGGUUCGCACUCUAUGGCACGACCCCAAAAAUAUCGGCUGGAAGGACUACACUGCCUACCGGUGGCAUCUGACCCACAGGCCUAAGACGGGCUACAUAAGGUAG